AUGUUCAACAAUUGGAUGUGGCUGGACGUGGCUGGCAGCGCCGUUAUCCUGCUGACAUGCCUCUGGGGCCUGCGCACACUGAGGGACGAGGCGCACGCUGCCAGGAUCACCGGCGGGGUGGCGGGCCCACGGACCAAGGCAGGCAAGGCACGAUGA